GUAAGUCAGUAUACACAUUUUAACUGGCUAGCUUGCGUUUUGCUGUUGAUUUGUACGAGGAGCAACUUGGCAGUGUGCGCCGUGUUACGCGGGCCUUGCCGCGCCUUCAUUGUUUGUCCCCCAGGUUAUAGCUAUCAUUGUAGUCUGAUUACUGAAGCCUGCCUACGAAACCACCCCACCAUAUGUGCCACAACCUAAUUGCAUCAUUUUUAACUGGCUAGCUUGCGUUUUGCUGUUGAUUUACGAGGAGCAACUUGGCAGUGUG